GGUUUUAAAUUGAUGGUUAGGACGAAGAGACACCAAAGACAAGGCCUGACAUUUCAAGCUGAAACCAAUACUGUGCUCCACAGCAGGGAGCUCUCACAGUUGGAAAUUGUGACGUGUGUUCUGGGCAGGGUUGAGGUUUUGGAACCUUUUCUAAAAGAGACAGAGAGCACCCUGCAGCAUUUCCUAAUCGUGAGGCUGGCGUGCUGGAGCGAUCUGGUCAUCAUGCAGGCGGUGCCCACGUGCGGUAGGCUGGUCCUGGCCCUCGCCCUCGUCCUGGUUUUGGGAUCUUCAGUGCAAGGUUAUCCUAUGCGGAAAGCCAGGUACCAGUGGGUCCGCUGCAGUCCUGACAGUAAUUCUGCAAACUGCAUUGAAGAAAAGGGGCCAGUGUUCGACCUCCCUACAGAUGAAUUCAACAAGAUCCUCCCUCCAAAGAUUAACCCUUUUUUGAUGCCAAAACACCAGAACUUGAAUGAUGUCUUCCCUCUUUCCGAGGACUAUCCUGGCUCUGGCUCUGGCUCCGGCUCCGGAUCAGGAUCAGGAUCUGGAUCUGGGAGCGGCUCUGGAAAGGACUACUUCUCUGAAACAGAAUGGGACUACCAGCCAAUAGAUGAAAAGGAUGUAUUCUAUUACAACUUUAGGCCUGUGAAGAAGAAUCUGCCCCUAGACAACGAGGCCUUGGGUCAAGAUGAUACAGAAGAGGAUUUUAUUAUAUAAAAGUGAGGGUUUCCCCACCUUGACACCAAGCAAUGUAUUCAGUGUAUUUUGUAUACCAUGGUUAAAUGAUUAGUUUUGGAUAAAAGAGUUGUAUAGAAAAUUUAAAACAUCUGAAAAAGAACUUUAAUUUUUUAAUUACUUCUUUCUUCUUCAUGAAUUCUUAAAAGAUUAUAUUUUAAUGCUAUUAUCUAUCCUAUUCAAGGAAAUACCUGCAUUUUUUUUUUCUUUCUUGAGUCAGUCUCUUGCUAUGUAGCCCAACCUGGCCUUGAACUCACGGUGAUCCUCCUGCCUCAGCCUUCCAAGUGCUGGGAUUACAGGCAUGUAUCACCACUCCCUGCAUAUUUUGGUAUCAUAUUUGACCAAUAUCAUUGAGAAUAACUAGACUCCCAUGUUUAUAAAACUGCUUUAGAGAGAAAAUUGUGCUUUUUUAAAAAAUUCAGUUUGAGAAGCAAGUUGAUUGACAAUAUUUCAUACCUAUGUCUUUAGGAACCUGACUCUGAUUGUGAAUUAUACCUUGUACUUAUGAUAAAAAGUCCAAAUACAGUGAAUUUACAUAUUGGAUAUUUGGUGUGAUUUACAGUGUGAAGGGGUUUUACUGUACUAUCACCAUUGGAUGUGUGAGAGCUAGUCAACAUUGUUUCAAUUAGAAACUUAAGACCCUAAUUAAAGGAUAAUUGUGGUCUUAAAACCUUGUACUUUACUGCUUUAUCUUGCUUUCCUGGAUGUCUAUUUUCAAAUGUUGCUCUAUUAAAGCAGAAGUAUAACCAAAGAAA